CAUUAUAAUGAUGGCAGAUUUCGAUAAGGGUGCGGUGCUAUCGGGCUAUGAGUACGAGUUUGUUUCGACCGUUUUUGAAGAAUUUCACUGUCUGAUUUGUCAACUACCUUUGAGAGAACCAGUUCUCACUAGAUGUGGACACAGAUAUUGCAAGAAUUGUCUCGACGAGGCCAUGAAAAGACAACAAGUUCCUGAAUGCCCUGUUGACAGGGAAAGAUUGGACCGAGAGAAGGACAUAUUUCCCGAUAAAGCGACAGAAAGAAGUAUUUUGUCCUGCCUUGUGAGGUGUCCAAGCGCAGGAUGCGAGUGGACUGGGGAAACCAGAGAUGUCGAAACUCAUUUGCAGUCCUGCGGUUGCAAGAUAACUUCCUGUCCGAAUCUUCACUGUGACGUCACCAUGGAGAGGAGACUUGUGGAUGACCACGUGAAAAACACGUGUCCCUGGAGAACGGUGCAAUGUGGAUACUGCGAUAAAAAACACGCUAAAUACGAUGAAGAGAUACACGCUGGGGAAUGCCGAAGACGUCCUACUGACUGUUCUAAUGGAUGUGGUGAGGUUGUUGCCAGGGAAGAGAUGAUGGCUCAUCAGGAGGUUGUUUGCUCUCAUACUGUAGUGAGUUGCCAGUAUGACUAUCUGGGUUGUGACAAUCAGAUUAAAAGGUGCGACGUAGAAGAUCAUCUAGAGCAAAACCUCCGACGUCAUUUUGAGCUAUCCGUCAAAAAACUUGCUGAUGUGCAAGACGAAACCAGAAUAUUGAGGCAGGAAAUGGAGAAAAUAAAGCUUGAUUACCAAAAAAUGGAGUCCAAGCUCACUGGAAUAUAUAGCGAAGUGACUGAAGUGAAACUGAAGCACAAAGAAAUGGAAACCUUUACUCCAUUUAUAUGGAAAGUGACCGAGUUUUGGGAUCGAGUCAGUAAGGCGAGGAAAGACAAAGAGGUUCGGGUCGAAAGCGAUCCCUUCUACGUUGGUCCUCAAGGGUACAAAAUGAAACUCGCCAUGUAUCCCAAUGGCACCAAAGAGGCCAAGAACGCUUAUAUAUCGUUAUAUAUUGCACUGAUGAAGGGGAAAUACGACCCAAUAUUACUUUGGCCUUUCCUACAUAAAGUGACGCUUUCGGUUCUCGACCAAAACCCUAAUGUGCUGCAAAGGCGUAAUUUUGUCAAGUCUUUUGUUCCCGAGGCUUCAUGGAAAAGCAUGAAACGGCCAGAGGGCGAGGAAAACGAGAGACGAGGUUUUGGAAGGUUUCUUUCCCAUGAAAAACUGAAAUCGGGGUUUCAUCUUGUGGACAAUAUUCUCUUUAUUAAGUUUGAAAUAAGCCCAGCAGAUGCACCGUAUUAUAGCUAAAAUAAAAUAAUCGGAGAAAAUGUAACUUAUAUCUGACAUCAUUGUUCCAUGAAAGUAAACUUUGCCGUAUACUAAGAACAUUUCUCCGUCUUUCCCUUUCGGUACCUGAACCUAAGCCCCUCUAAAUAACUCGUGCUAGGAAUAAAAAGGAGCAGGGCAUACAGUUUGUAACUUAGUUCCAAUCUCGAUUUUUUAGAGCCGAUCAAGUUAAAGACGGAGAAGGGCCUUGAUGUAUGACUUUGCUACUUCUAGCCACUAACUCUGAUGAGCGGCAGUCAAUGUAACCUAAUCAUUGCGACGUGCCAUGUUCGGUACACACUUAUGCUUUUGUGGAGACACCUUCUCGCCCUAACUGUUGUUAAUGAUCAUCAUCGUUACCUUUAUCACUUUCAUUGAUAAUAAUAUUUUAUAAUCAUAAUAAUUAUAAUAAUUCAGUUAUUAUUAUUAUCGUAAACAUUUCAGUAUUUGAUAAUAUUUCUUCUAGUAGCGCUGCCAGCUAAAUAUUCAGUUGUAAAAACCACAAAACUCCAACUGAAGAUUUAAGUUAUGGUCAUUAAAAGACAUUUAUUGCUGAA